AUGGGCUUUCCGGAGAGCACCUCGAAGAAGAAGCCACCAUCGAGCGUUUCCUACCCGCGGCAGCAGAUGACGCCGCUAUCCCAGCCCUACUACCCACAGCAGCAGCAGCAGCAGCAGCAGCUGCCGGCUCAACAACCGAAAGAUGCCCGAAGCGAGUACCUGCCGGCUCCGGGAGAAAAGCCCAAGGCGCCGUCUCCGCAAUCUUUUUCGCCGAAGCCGCCAAGCCUCAUUCCAUCCCCCUCUGACUACUCCGGAUCGGCGCCGAGGAGCGAAUACUUCCCGGAGAAGCCCGGCUCCGCACCGGCUUCACCAGAUCAGUCCGGGAAGAGGUCGCGGGAUUUGUCGCCGCAAACCCCACCGACGCCGGCCGACCAAAUCGCCCAGUCUCCAGUGGUCAAGCCAAAGAAGAAGAAGAAAACCAAGGCGCCGAAGGGCUACCAGCAGCAGUCGCAGUACGUCGGGCAGCAGCAGCAGCAGGCUCCGCCUCCGCAGUACCCGCAGCAACAGUACGCGCCACAACAACAAUACGCACCGCAGCCACAGUACGCCCAGCAGCAGCCGCAGUACCGCCCCCAGCAACAGGCCCCCAUCGUGGUCCAGCAGCAGCAGCCGCCGCAGGUCGUCUACGUGCAAUCGCCCGCCCCACCGCCGGCCUACUACUACCCGCCGCCACCGUACUACGGAGGUUGCCCCGGCUAUGGCUACUGCUGUGAUCCGUGCUGCUACCACUACAGCACCUGUUCCAUCAUG